AUGACGAUCUUCACUAAAACCGAAACCGACGCCGAGAAGAAAACUGUUGAGGGCGUCAAGGAGGACACCCCAAAGGUAAACUUUUCAACAGGUCGAGUGGAUCCCAUACUGUUGUUUAGCAGGUUGUCGUGUGUGAGGCCGAUGAGGAGAAGCACAUCAGCAACUGUGGAUGGGUCCCGAUGGAGGGAGGAAACUUUGACAGGUAUGAAAUUAAGUCAAGUUUCUGAAGACAUGUUUUCUUGAUGUUGUAGACCAAAGGAGAAGAGAAGCUCUUCUUUCGGACCCCUUUCCAUCAUCCGUCUUUCUCCGUCGCCACUGGCUCGCACUCCUUCUCCAUCUCCGCCAGAUUACGAAAACGCUGUUAAUGCUCGCAGGUACUUUCAACUCUUAGUUCCUAUUUAUAUUGAACAUUUUUCAGAAUGCGCCGUUGCACCAAGCUCACCUUCACUCUCAUUGCCAUCUUCAGCUUUGUCAUUCUCGUUUCCUUCUUCCUGUACCAACAAGGACUCAUCAGGUAAUUGAGGGAAUCGUAUUGAUUUCAACUAUUUGUUCAAUUUCAGCGUCGCCUAUCAAAAGGGUGUCUAUCAUGGAUGGAACGCUGCCACCUUCUCGAACCGUGGAAUGACCGAGCGUCUGGUUCAAAACGUCGAAAUCAACGCCAACGAUUCGUAUGAGAAGAUCGAUGUGCCCAAGUUUGGAUCCAACCGACCAGCCAUUUUCCUUCACGACUUCAAGCAGGUAAGCAUCAGAUCUAUCAAAAUUACUGCAAAUUGUUAACUUUCCAGAACCUCACCGCUAUCGUUGACACUGUUGGAAACCGUUGCUUUGUCAAGGAAUUGGAUAGAUCCAAGAUCAGAAACCCAAGAAUGCUCAUCGAAAUGCUCAGAAACAUCGACGUAAGCUUACUCCUUUAUAUUCUAUUAAAGUAUGAUCCUUUUUGUAGAUCAUGGCCCCAGAAGUUGCGUACGCUCAAACCCGCGUUGUCCGUGAGACAUACAAUGUCGGAGACGAGCUCACAAAGGCCGACAUCGGAACAUUCAACAGCACGAUUCUUUCUCGCCACUGCGCAUUCCGUCAGACCUACAAGUUGAAGAAGCAGGAAGUUCAGGCUCGCUCCCGACGAGGUGAUCCACUUGCUUAACUAGUCGCUUUUUAAUUUUCAUGUUUAGCUGCUGGUAUGACCCCCGCUUUGUCAUUUGCUUCGUUGGCUGGAGAGGAAGUGCAGUUGGAAGAGAUCAACUUUUGA